AAGCCUCACCUAGUCCGGUCGAGUGGAAAGCACAGCUAAAUUUUCGUCAAUCGCCAGUGUCGGAGUCGGGCUAGUUGAGAGCCUUUGGGGAAGAACAGUGCGGCUUGUUCGCGUCUUUGUGCGCGCGAAGGCAUCUGUUCUCGUGUUACAUCUGCCGACGAACGAACGAAUAUUUCAUUUAUUUUUUAAACGACCAAUUGUAAUUGGGGAAUUUGAGCGGGCAUAUUGAGUAUGAUCCAAACGGACGGUUACGGCAGCAUCGAUCCUUUUGUCGACGGUUACAUGGAGCAGGAGGAGGAAUGGGAGCGAGAGGGCCUUUUAGACCCGGCCUGGGAGAAACAACAGAAAAAGACAUUUACGGCAUGGUGUAACAGUCACUUAAGGAAGGCCGGUACUGGCAUUGAGAACAUCGAGGAAGACUUCCGGAAUGGGUUGAAACUGAUGCUUUUGCUCGAAGUCAUCUCGGGCGAAACUUUGCCUAAGCCAGACCGAGGAAAAAUGCGUUUCCAUAAAAUCGCCAAUGUCAAUAAGGCCUUAGAUUUCAUCGCCAGUAAAGGAGUCAAACUUGUUUCUAUUGGUGCAGAAGAAAUCGUCGACGGCAAUCUGAAAAUGACGCUUGGUAUGAUCUGGACCAUCAUUCUGCGAUUCGCCAUUCAAGAUAUUUCAGUGGAAGAAAUGACAGCUAAAGAAGGUCUUUUGCUAUGGUGUCAAAGAAAGACUGCCCCAUACAAAAAUGUUAAUGUUCAGAACUUCCAUCUGUCAUUCAAGGAUGGUUUAGCCUUCUGCGCGUUGAUCCAUAGACAUCGACCAGAUCUAAUCGACUACAGUAGAUUAAGCAAAGACAAUCCCCUAGAGAACCUAAAUUAUGCCUUCGACGUAGCUGAGAAAUAUUUGGACAUUCCAAGGAUGUUAGAUCCUGACGAUUUAAUUAAUACCCCAAAGCCAGAUGAGCGCGCUAUUAUGACCUAUGUUUCAUGUUAUUAUCACGCGUUUCAAGGCGCACAACAGGUAGAUUUGAUCAACACUGCCAUGCCGGAUGAACGAGCGGUCAUGACAUAUGUGUCGUCUUACUACCACUGCUUUUCCGGUGCUCAAAAGGCCGAAACAGCUGCCAACCGAAUUUGCAAAGUACUUAAAGUCAAUCAAGAAAAUGAGAGACUUAUGGAAGAAUAUGAACGUCUUGCCAGCGAUCUUUUGGAAUGGAUCAGGCGUACGAUGCCUUGGUUGAACUCAAGGCAAACAGACAACUCCUUAGCUGGUGUCCAAAAGAAAUUGGAGGAAUACCGCACUUAUAGGCGCAAACACAAGCCUCCUCGUGUAGAGCAGAAAGCAAAACUCGAAACCAACUUUAAUACUUUGCAAACCAAGCUCAGGUUAUCCAACAGACCAGCUUACAUGCCAACUGAAGGAAAAAUGGUGUCGGACAUUGCCAACGCAUGGAAAGGUUUGGAAGGUGCCGAAAAGGCAUUCGAAGAAUGGCUGCUAUCGGAGAUGAUGCGUCUGGAACGUUUGGAGCAUUUGGCUGAGAAGUUCAGACGUAAGGCCGAUGCUCAUGAAGAAUGGACCAGAGGUAAGGAAGAGAUGCUUCAAAGCCAAGAUUUCCGCAACUGCAGAUUGAACGAGCUUAAAGCGCUGAAGAAGAAACAUGAAGCUUUCGAGAGCGACCUUGCCGCUCAUCAGGAUCGCGUGGAACAAAUCGCUGCCAUUGCUCAAGAAUUAAACACUCUGGAUUAUCACGAUAGUGUUACCGUAAACGGGCGCUGCCAACGUAUUUGCGACCAAUGGGAUCGUCUGGGGGCUCUGACUCAACGAAGGAGACAAGCACUUGACGAUGCCGAACGCAUCAUGGAAAAGAUCGAUAUUCUUCAUUUGGAGUUCGCGAAACGUGCCGCUCCAUUCAACAACUGGCUUGAUGGCACUAGAGAGGAUUUGGUGGAUAUUUUCAUUGUUCAUACCGUUGAGGAGAUCCAAGGAUUGAUUGAUGCUCAUUCACAUUUCAAGGCUACAUUGGGAGAAGCAGACAAGGAAUACCAAAGCAUUGUUGGUCUUGUCAGGGAGGUUGAAAGUAUAGUGAAGCAACAUCAAAUUCCCGGCGGACUUGAGAAUCCCUACACAACACUUACUGCUCACGACUUGACAAGGAAAUGGGGCGACGUAAGACAACUUGUGCCCCAACGAGAUGCAACUCUUCAAGCUGAACUAAGGAAACAACAGAACAAUGAAAUGCUUAGAAGACAAUUCGCGGAAAAAGCAAAUGCAGUCGGACCAUGGAUCGAGCGCCAACUUGACGCUGUUACUGCCAUUGGAAUGGGUCUGCAUGGAACUUUAGAAGAUCAAUUGCACAGAUUGAAGGAAUACGAACAGGGAGUUUAUGCAUAUAAGCCACACAUUGAGGAAUUGGAGAAGAUCCAUCAAGCCGUACAAGAAAGUAUGAUCUUUGAAAAUAGAUACACGCAAUACACGAUGGAGACAUUACGAGUAGGAUGGGAGCAACUAUUAACAUCAAUUAACCGUAAUAUCAACGAAGUAGAAAACCAAAUUUUGACCAGGGAUUCUAAAGGUAUUACUCAAGAACAACUGAACGAGUUUAGAUCAUCCUUCAAUCACUUCGACAAGAACCGUACAGGACGCCUUGCCCCAGACGAAUUCAAAUCCUGCUUGGUUUCUCUUGGAUAUUCAAUUGGUAAAGAUAGGCAAGGAGACAUCGACUUCCAACGGAUUUUAGCAGUUGUCGACCCCAACAGUACUGGAUAUGUACACUUUGAUGCCUUCUUGGACUUUAUGACCAGAGAAAGCACGGAUACUGACACCGCCGAACAAGUGAUCGAUAGUUUCCGCAUUCUGGCUGCCGAUAAACCAUAUAUUCUUCCCGACGAACUGAGACGAGAAUUACCACCAGACCAAGCCGAGUACUGUAUACAACGAAUGCCACCCUACAAGGGUCCCGGAGGCGUACCUGGAGCUCUAGAUUACAUGUCAUUCUCAACAGCGCUCUAUGGAGAAUCUGACUUGUAAAAAACCACAGUUUCAUUCUUCCUAAGCUCAGGUGAUAUUUACUCAGCUAAAGGAAUAUAAUUGGUAUAUCGGUUGCUUUCGAUCCCCAGUUUACAUAUUAUUUAUUUAUGAUAUUUAUUUAUUUAUUUUUAUAACCGACAACCUACUGGCAAUCAGCAGGUUGAGUAAGAUAACGGUUUUCACGGUUUGCUAGUUUUCUUUCUUUUGAUUUUAACAACUCAUUAUAUGAAAAGUAUUUUUCUGGACAGCUACUGUAAUAUAUAUGAAAUUUGUGCCAAAAUAAGUCAUCGGUGAAUGUCACAAAGGAUAUCACGUUAGAAGCAGAAACUUAUUUAUCUUAUCCUGCGUGGUGUCAUAAUGUUGGAUGUGCCAUUAUAAUGAUAGUAAUUUUUAUCUUCAUGCACCUCAGUGGAAGUUAUACAAUCUCAAACAAGAGUAUAAGCAAUGAUCAGAUUCACAUGACCGUCAAUGUCGUUGUCGUUUUUAUUUAUAGGCAGAUGAAUGAGAACAAUGAUUAGCGGCCCGGACUCUACAGCAAUUAAAUAUUUUUUUCAUUUGCCACUACUGCUAAAAGUGUCUGUUAUGAUAAUUUUGAGUAGACACAUAAAAAAUCUUAAGUCUCGAGUUUAGUUUACAUAAUAAAAUACAAUUAGGAAUUACACUGGGGUGUGAGUAAAUCAUGCUUAGUCACAUAUCACACUAGGCAACUAAAAUAUUUGUAAUUUAAGUAGAUUGUUAUUUUUUUGUAGUAACAAAACGUACGUUGGGAAAUGUUUAAGCACGUUAUCAAAUCUACUUAAAUUCCACAUAAUUUUACACUAAGUUUUUGUGAAGAUUUUUUACUUAUAAUAUAAUCAUGUAACUUUUGGGUUCUCUAUAAUUGUUAAACGUAAGUUUACUUAAAAUAAUUACUUAUUAGUGUAUAAUGAUAACUUAUAUUUAACAAUUCGUUAUAAAACUUAUUUUGUCAGUGGAGUGGAUUAGUCGUAUUAUGUUUGAUGAUCUUUUUCUGUUAUAUUGUUUAUUUUGAUAUACUUUAUUUUUUUGAAACUGUCGCUGAAUAUGAAUUGAAUUUGUUUUCGGUGGUUUAUAUUCUCUAUACAAGUUUAAGUUACGAUAUUUUAUCAGGUCACACAGUUGAUUUAAGAGUUUCACUUUUAUUUUUAUUGUAUCACUUCAAGUAAAUACACAAACAAAUAUUGCAA